GGGCGGGGCUAAGCGGCCGGGAGGCGGAAGUGGCUCCGCCGCCACCUCAGCUCGGCGUCGGUGAGCGCCGCGAACAUGGCGGGCAUCAAAGCUCUCGUGGCGUUGUCCUUCAGCGGAGCCAUCGGGCUGACGUUCCUCAUGCUGGGCUGCGCCCUGGAGUACUACGGUGUAUACUGGCCUCUGUUUGUCUUAAUAUUUUACUUCAUCUGCCCCAUUCCCCACUUCAUUGCAAAAAGAGUAAGUGAUGACAGUGAUGCAGCCAGCAGUGCCUGCAGGGAAUUGGCGUAUUUCUUCACAACCGGAAUUGUUGUUUCUGCCUUUGGAUUUCCUAUAAUCCUUGCACGGGUUGAAGCGAUCAAAUGGGGAGCCUGUGGUCUGGUGCUGGCUGGCAAUGCAGUCAUUUUCCUUACUAUUUUAGGCUUUUUUCUUGUGUUUGGUAGAGGAGAUGACUUUAGCUGGGAACAGUGGUAGGACAUCGCUCUGACUCUGGUAAUAUUUUACAGCAUGUAUCACCAUAUGUAUACUCUCUGUGUGUAUAUGUGUAUAUAUUAUAACGUGUGUGUGUGCACGCUGAGGUGUAUGUAUGUGCAUAUGCAUGUAGUUUUACAUUAUCAGAUCAUAACAUGCUUUUUUUUAAAAUGCAUUUCAACCAAAGGGAAAAGGCCCUUGUGACAGCUGUCUCAAUGUAUUCAGUAAAAGCUGGAAUAACUGUUGCAAAUCUGUCCCCAAAUAAGUUUACAAACCGUAGGCUGUUUUACUAAUUUUUUCAUUUUUUUAUUCAUAAUAUGCAUUAACUUUUGUUUUAAUCACGGUAGUAUUAUUAAUACAUAUGAUAUUGGUCAGGAUACCUGUUGGUGUUUUUAACCAUGUAAUCAAAAUAGGCCAAUAUAAAGAUUAUCCUACUUGGUAUUGUUCAAUCUUUCUGCUCUGAUUAGGGAUGAAUGAGUACUUGCUUUUCACUUGAGUAAUUGUAAUUCUACUGUUUUUUCUUGAUAACAUCAAACAUAGGUUAUGCCAACUCUUCUACUACCUAAUGAAAGAAAAAGAAAAUAACCCUGGUUAAAAAUCCUUCCUUCCACUUACGAUGUUUGUUUAAAAAAUAAUUGCCCUCCAAAGAUACUCAGGCUUUGUCCCUAUUCAGCUUAACAACUGUGGAUAUAAUAUGGGAAUAAUGUAUUUUAAUGCCUCUUUAAUGCUUAGAGCUGACAUUACUUCUCUUGUGAAGGUUCACAAAAGAAGAAACUGUGCUCAGGACACUUGCAAUCACAAUGUAGUAUUCAGCUCUGUAUUCUUAUGUGUGAAAUGCCUGAAUUGCAAUGAAGUGAGUGUUCUGCUGGGUAGGACUUCUUAUCUCCUUGGUUCUCAUUGCUUUUAAAACAUACUUAUUCAACUACUAUUUUUUGUCUGUGAGAAAAGAUUGUUAUAUUAAAACACUAUAUUUUUAAAUAGCAUUAUCCUAGUAAACAUUCACAUAAUCACACUUAUACAAGUGAACUCUGUUACUGUUUUGACUUGCUGAAUCCUGCAAAUUGUGGAGGCGUGGUUUUGUAAAAAUGCAUUCUGGUACAACCCCAACUCUAGAAGACAUUUCAAUAAUCUGCAAAGGGGUGAAGGAAGAGACACCGUAGUUUAUUCUUUCAUAGAAAAAUGGACAUAAAGAGGUUUCUGCUCUGUGAAGUAAGAAGCUGAAUUCCUGCGUAGGGUAUGUUUUACUAUUGCAAGUUCUUUAGACUAGUAGAUUGCAAAUGAGUGUUUUAUAGUUGUGUGAGUUAGUUCACAGCUGCCUGCUAUCACCCUGUGUAGUUACGAGGGACAUGGUGUGAGGAGGUGGUAGAAUCCAUCCUGCACGAUGGGGCGGCAUCACCAACACAGUGCUUUUUGCCCCCUGAGUUGUGUGGAACUACUCGUGCUGCUCUCCAGAACUCACUCAAUACUGGUGUCCUGUGGAUUUCUGUGCAGAGCAAAGGUUCAAAAUUUACUGAAUGUUACGUGGUUGUUCUGAUACUGGGUCUUUUGUUCAUGCUUAGUGCCCUAGAAGAAGGGUACGGAAAUCAUUCUGCAGCCCAAGUAAUGUAAUAUCACCUAAGUAGGAAUGGAAUAUCAUGUUUCAGGAAGGUUAAUUACAUGUUUUAAAUUUAAACUUCAGAUGUGUGGAGGGUGAGCACUUCAGUAGUAAGGAACGCUGAGGAGCUGUAUUUUAUACUGAAGUGUGUCUAGGCUGUCAUUCUUGUAAAAGAAGAAUUAACCUUAAAUGACAGGGUUUUUUCGGAUGUUAAUGCUUCAUCAAAGACAUAGCAGGAAUAUACUUGGAAAGAUGCUGUUCAUAAACAAGUUCUCUUCCUGAGUUUGAGUUAUGUUGGAUCUUACUGGUUUGUAAAGUACUACUGUGGAAAUUAUUUGUUCUGAUUAUGAACCAGGUUGUUUAGAGUAAUUGUAAUUUCCACGCAUAAGUCUUGCUUUGAUUUUUGAAGUUGCUUUUUUUCCUAUGUAAUGGCAUUUUUCAUACAAAUUAGUGAAGUGAAACAGCAACAGUAAUACACACUUUAAGUGCCUGGUCCUGUAAAUGCCUAAUGUUAUUACUAACAAUUCUAUUUAACUCCUCUUAAAAUACACAUGUGCUUGCAGGGUUAGACUCUUGAGUGCUUUUACUCCUUAGAAUUUAUGUACCAAAGGCUGCAACAGAAGUCUGCAAAACUACUCCAUUACUGAUGCAAUUUUGCUUUCAAGACAGUGGCAUGAAAAACAGCUGAGAUCAAUUUUUCUUUCAAUUAGAGAAUCAUUACUUGUAGCAUCUGUUGUAGAUCUGUUAGUAAAUAGUGUGCUUGUGGCAAAUUGGGAUACAGGUGGUAAACAUGACAAUCUAAAACGAAAAGGAGGAUUAGAAAGUGCAGUCUUGAAGAAGAGUUGCUUCUUUGACAAAUUAUUCUGUUGUACUGUAUUUCCUUUGAUAUUACUGUGGUUGGUGGGUACCUCAUGAAAUGGCAGGUAAAUGUUGAAUGGAGAAAGUACUUUUUUUUUUUUCUUCUUCUUUUGAAGCAGUGAUGUGCACUAAUCCUUAAUGUGAACUUCAUGCAGUUUUCACCAUGGACUUUUAUUUUAAAAUGUUUAACUUUAAAAAAAAAAAAAUGUGUUUAACGGUGUUUAAAUCAUGGAAAUUUUCCUUGACGUCUUUAAAAGUAAAUUUUCUUGAAUGAGUCUUUGAUAUCAAAUAGUCAGGGUAAAAAAUUCUUCAAUGAUUUUUUUAUCAAGAGCUUCACUCAUUCACACAAACCUGGUGCUUUGAUGGCCAGUGCUGGACAUACUGUCACUAUCUACCAGUAGCAAUUUACUGUGGUUUCUCUGAAAUUGUUUUCCUAAAUGGAAGUGAAUACUAUGUAUCCAAAGUGCCUUAAUUUCAAUACUAUGAUGAUUUUUGCGAAUUCAUAUACAUGGCAAUAUCACUAUGUUUCAUAAUCAGAUGAAAAUCUGUUACUGCAUUUUAUAAAGCUUUCUUGUCAACUAAUCAUGUUUUCUGUAAUGUAGAAUGCAGUGCAGCUUUUGUAACUUUUGUAAACACUAUUUUUAUUUUCUGUGAUUGCCAGGUUCUUGAGAUGAUGAAGUAUUAAAACAUGGAAAUUAAAACAAAUUCUGCUUCUCUUUUGAAUUGUCUAAUAAAACUGGCUUUUUGAAUUGUCUAAUAAACAUAUCUGAUGCUUAA